CUACUACCAACAUGAGAAUUGUCCGUGCGGGUUGCCGUAGCGUAGUGACAACACGGCACAGCACUUUGGUCGGAGGAGGCUAAGCUGCUGCUAGCCUGGCUGGAGAAGUGAGCGCUGCAGUUUGUUUGUUGUGGAUGCGGACAAGUCAGGCUGUGAUUACAGACAGUUGACGAUCUGAAACUUUUAAAAGAGGAAAAUGAGGCUGAAGGAGAUCCAGAGGACUGCCCACCAGGCGUGGAGUCCAGCCGAGCACCACCCCAUCUACCUGGCCUUGGGAACAUCAGCACAGCAGCUGGAUGCCUCUUUCAACACCACAGCUGCCCUGGAGAUAUUCGAGGUGGAUUUUUCCGACCCCUCUCUGGAAAUGCAGCUCAGAGGGUCGUUGCCCACCACAAACAGGUUGCACAGUAUCGUAUGGGUGAAUUUUGGAAUGGGAGCAGAUGGUACUGGUGGGAGACUGGUUGGUGGCAGUGAAAAUGGCACAAUAACUGUAUAUAACCCAGAGGUUAUAAUGAACUCUGGAGCCGAGGCGGUAGUGGGACAGUCUGACAAGCACACAGGACCCAUUCGAGCACUUGAUUUCAACCCUUUUCAGAGUAAUCUCCUCGCAUCAGGAGCAAAUGAUUCAGAGAUAUAUAUCUGGGAUCUGAACAAUUUUAGCAGUCCGAUGACACCGGGAACGAAGACACAGCCUGCUGAAGACAUCAGCGUCGUGUCCUGGAACAGACAGGUUCAGCACAUCCUGGCCUCUGCCAACCCCAGCGGGAAAGCAGUUGUGUGGGACCUGAGAAAGAACGAGCCUAUUAUCAAGAUCAGCGACCACAGCAACAGGAUGCACUGUUCAGGAAUGCUCUGGCACCCUGAUGUGGCCACUCAGUUGGUGUUGGCCUCUGAAGAUGACCGAUUGCCAGUCAUCCAGAUGUGGGACCUCCGUUUUGCCACAUCACCCCUUAAAGUCUUUGAGAACCACACAAGGGGGAUUUUGUCCAUAUCCUGGAGCCAGGCUGACUCUGAGCUCCUGCUGAGUAGUGCUAAAGACAACAGGAUCCUCUGCUGGAAUCCAAAUACUGGAGAGGUCAUUUACGAGCUUCCAACAACGAACCAGUGGUGUUUCGAUGUCCAGUGGUGCCCCAGGAAUCCAGCCUUGCUUUCAGCCGCCUCGUUUGAUGGGAAAAUCACUGUCUACUCUGUGAUGGGAGGGAGUUUGAAGUCUCAGCAGCAAAGCACGGCUGAUAAGAUAUCCUCCUCGUUUGAUACAAUGGAUCCCUUUGGUACAGGGCAGGUGUUGCCUCCCCUACAGGUUCCUCAGCCUACAGUGCAGGACACCAUAGUUCCCCCUCUGAAGAAACCCCCUAAGUGGGUGCGCAGGCCAGUGGGGGCUUCCUUUGCUUUUGGUGGAAAGCUUAUAACCUUUGAGAAUCCCAAGCUGCCUCCAGUGCAGAGCCCCCAGCCCGUCCCCAGACAAGUGUUUGUGAGCCAGGUUACCACGGAGACAGAGUUCCUCCAACGCUCCAGGGAGCUGCAGGUGGCACUGCAGUCAGGCUCCUUCAACAACUACUGCCAGGCCAAGAUUCAGAACGCCAAGUCAGACGCUGAGCAGGACAUAUGGAAGUUCCUGCUGGUAAAUUUUGAGGAUGAAGCCCGCAUUAAAUUCCUCAGACUUUUGGGUUUCAGCAAAGAUGAACUGGACAAAAAGAUUUCAAAAUGUCUGGGGAAGAGUUUCCAGCACAAUGGACAUGGAGUAGAUGCCAAAGACCUGGCAGAAAAGAUGCAGCGGCUCUCCACUGAGAGGACUGAAGAAGCAACCGAUGCUCGGACCUCUGGUUCUGUUUCACCGGCAGACUUCUUUACUCAAACCCCAAAAGAAAACUCCAAUUUCCAGAUCCCUGUAUCAUGUGACACUGAUGGAUUAAUAAGCCAGGCGCUGCUGGUUGGAAACUUUGAGGGCGCUGUGGAUCUGUGUCUGAACGAUGGUCGUUAUGCUGAAGCCAUCCUGUUGUCUAUCAGCGGAGGAGAGGAGCUGCUCAAGAAAACUCAGCAAAAGUACCUAAGCAGGCAAAAGAACAGCAUUUCAAUGCUUAUAUCAUCAGUAGUGACCCAAAACUGGAGGGACAUAGUGCAAAGCUGUGAGUUGGACAAUUGGAAGGAGGCUCUCGCUGCUCUGCUGACCUACGCUCACCCUGAAGAUUUUGCCCGUCUGUGCGACACUCUGGGAGGCCGACUGGAGCACGAGAAAACAGAGAAGCGCUGCCUUCAGGCCUGUUUGUGUUACAUCUGCUCUGGGAACAUUGAGAAGCUGGUGGAGUGCUGGGCCUCGCACAGAGACAGCUCAUCCCCUCUUGAUCUGGAGGAUCUCGUCGAAAAAGUAAUGAUGCUGCGCAAGUCAAUCGAACGCCUUCGCAACAGCGAGGUGGCGGUCCAGAGCCCCAUCCUGGUCGAGAAGCUAACCUGCUAUGCUGGCAUACUGGCAGCAGAGGGAAGUCUGACCACUGCCAUGACCUACCUGCCUGAGAACUCAGACCAACCUGCAAUCAUGAUGCUGAGAGAGAGGCUGUUCCACGCUCAGGGAGAGGCCGUCGGACAGCAGCCUCUAAACUCCUUCAACAGAGUCAAUGCGUCCGCAACCAAGCCCGCUGCUCCUGCUCAGACUCCUGCACCAAAAGCACAAGUGAUGAGUCAGUAUCAGCCAUCUGGUCCUUCCCAGAUGGCUGCCCAACAGCAGCCUCCCAUGCCGUCGGUUUUUACCCCACAACCUGCUCCAACCAACACCAGGCCUGGUCUGCCACCUUCUUCUCAUGCAAUGGCACCAAGUGCGACCCGCCCUUCCGUGAGGCCUUCCUACCCCCAACACCCUGCUCCGGCUCCAGGUUUCCUUCCUCAUCAGCCAUUCCAGCCUCAGCCCGUUGGCGGACCCUCAGCCUUCCCUCCUCCAGGUCCUUCUAUGCCAGCUGCUAACUUAUCAGGACCUCCAUUACAGCCUUCGUCAUCGAGCCCCGGAGGCCUGCCUCCCAUGCCCAGCCCCGGGGUGCCACCGACGAGCUUUAUGCCAUCUACCUCUUUACCCUCAGGCCCCAUGCCACCCAGCUCCCAACCCGGAGCCCCGGUUCCCAUGUACCCAGGGGCCCUCCACAACCAAGGGCCUGCACCCCCAAUGGCAUCUGGUCUCUAUGCUCCUCCUGGGUCAGGGUAUCCACAAGGAGGCCCCGGUGCUCCUGCUGUAAAACCCUUCAUGGCUCCUGCCGUUGCUCCUCCUCCUACAGGACCUCAAGAAGGCUGGAAUGAUCCACCCACAGUACGAGGUGGACCCAGGAAGAAGAAGGUCCCUGACAACUACACUCCACCAGCCCCCAUCACAGCCCCUGUAAUGGGAUUCCCCGUGGAGGCACCUCAGCCCCACGAUCAUGCCCAAGUCCCCCCUGGAGCCCCGCAGGAGCCCAGUGUGCAGCUCCUCCAGCAGCUGCCAGCAGAGCGGGUGGAGCAGAAAGAAAUCCCAGCUGAACACAUGGUCCUCAAAUCCACCUUUGACAGUCUGGUGCAGCGCUGCCAGCUAGCAGCAAGAGACCCACAAACAAAAAGGAAACUUGAUGAUGCAGCCAAACGUUUGGGAUUCCUGUAUGACAAGCUGAGAGAGCAGUCGCUCUCUCACAACAUCCUGAACGGCCUCCACGAGAUCAGCCGCUGUGUGGCGAGCCAGAACUACCAGCGGGGUCUGGAGGUCCACACUCAGGUGGUCAGCAGCAGCAACUUCAGCGAGAUCUCCGCCUUCAUGCCCAUCCUCAAAGUGGUCAUGACCAUCGCCAACAAGCUGGGCGUCUAAGCCCCGCCGCGGACACCACCACCAAUCUACACUUCAGUGUUAUGACAUUGUUAUAUAUGUAUUUAUUUCUUCUUUUUUUUUUUGACCUGAUGAUAUGCUUUGAUAAUGAGAAUAAUUACUGAUAAUAUUACAGAUUGUGGUCUUCAUCACUCCAUACAUACAUAUUCCUUCCUUCGGAGGACUGGGCUGAUUUGGGGGUAGCGAGGUUGGAUUUUUGUAGAGAUCUGUCGAUGUUGCUGUGGUAAUUUUAUGAAAAGAUGAAUGUAUUCUGAAAGUUGUGACUCUGUGUAAAUUCAAACAGUUGAUGUAAUAUACGAAGCAAGUGGUGCAAAAAAAAAAAAGAGAGAAAAAAAAGUGGUUUGUACAAGUAGGUGCGUUUUCAUAGUUCACAUGUGCAUAUUUUUUCCUCUUCCUAUCCGGCGGUCGUCGAAACAUUUUUUUUGAUUGAAUACAUCCAACUGUAGAAACCAAACAUCUGGGAGUAGCAGCUCCUACAUCCAAUGUAGGGGUGGAAAUUGGGAGAAUAAAAUCUGGGUUGCACUUACUAAUUAUCCUGUCGGUGUAGUUUGUAUGAGGAGAAAUUAUUUCUUUUUUUAUAUUGUAUCAUUUCAUAACAAGCAUCCAGAGCAUUUGUAAAAACACUGUAACAUAAAUACUGAAUGUGUCUCUUCACCUGCUGUAACAGAUUGUGUCCAUUUAACGGUGCCAUGAGGGGGUUUGAGGCCAAAGCACUGCAGAAGACUGAUUGUUAAGUUGCUUUUCGUCAUUUCGUGUUAACUUUGCUCCAUUUGCAUAUUGUUAUUUUGGGAAUGACUUCUUUUUUCUUGUUUUUUGCUUCAGUGUUUCCCAUGUCAACCCCUUCAUCACUGCUGAGUUCACAUGGCAGCUCAUGAACACAAAUUACAUUAAUUUAUGUCGGAACUGCGAAUGAACUCACAUCCAUCCUGCACCCUCUUUGUUAAAGAUGCUCUCAAUCUUUAGGUUUCUUUCUACCCGGGCUCCAUCUUAUGCUUUUUGUAACUCUGAAUGACUUUGUUUUUUAAAAAAAAAUCCUAUUUGUUUUAGUUUAGAUCAUACAAUGAUACCAACUUAAAUGAACUGAAAUUUAAAAUAAAACAACAUGAUAUUCUGAGGUUUUGUAGUUGGACAUAUCGCUGGAUAGUUUGGUGUUUCAUGGCAGCAGAAGGCAGUAAAGUGCCUCGGUGUGCUCACUUUGGUUGCACAGAUAUUUCUACAAUCCAUGUUGCUUACUUUACUCAUUGCGGUAUCUUUUUUCGAAUAAAAAUUUCACUUCAAA